UCAAGUGGAGUGGUCGUGCACGAAUAGCGAGUGCGCGAUUCUAUGUUUGCAAGGUGAAAUCUCAGUGCUUUGGUGAAAAUCGGCACAUAAACCGGACCAACUACUGUCAAUCUCGCACACGCUGCGGCGAGAUCCUCUUUAUGUUUUUGUUAUCGUAAAAAUAUUGGGAUAAUAAAUUAAUUAGCUAGUUAAACCUUGACCUUAUUACACAUUGGUGUUGUUUAAUAAAAUUUGAGUAUUGCUCAUUUCUCAAAUCGGCUUAGUGUAAAAAGGAAUUUAUUUUCUUUACUACUUGUUUCUCACCAUCUUUUCUUUAUACUUUAUUGGAAGGGAAAUAAUUUAUGGUUUAAUAAUCAGAAGCAAUUUUUCUUUGUUUUUCUAUCGUAUACAUUUUUAGUUAGGAAGAUCCUCACGAUUUCAAGGAAGAAUGCUGUGCGCACAUCGUGCAGUCACAAGCAGCUUUGUGCAGGGCUGUUGCCUCUGGGCUUGUGCUGCGUCAGGGCGUGAGAUGUCUCGGCUCCAUGAUACCCACGCUGCAGCGAGAUGCUGACAUCGCAGCAAGCCGCGCGCUCGCUCAGCUGCCACCCAAGGUAGCUUCAUUCGUGGAGCGCUCUGCCAUACUCUGCAAACCAAAAGCAAUCCAUGUUUGUGAUGGAUCAGAGGCAGAGAUGAAGAAAUUUAAAGCAGAAAUGUGCCGAACAGGGAUGCUCGAGAAGCUGGACAAAUAUCACGAAUGUUAUCUCGCUAGGACUGAUCCUAAUGACGUGGCAAGAGUUGAGAAAAAAACGUUUGUUGUCACGGAGAAAAAAACAGACGCCGUGCCUGAACCUCAACCAGGUGUGGAGGGCAUGUUGGGGAACUGGAUGUCCAAGGAAAAACUUUUGGAGAUCGUGCGCGAUAGAUUCCUUGGAUGCAUGGCGGGACGAACCAUGUACGUGAUACCAUUUAGCAUGGGACCGAUCGGCUCGCCUAUCUCUAAAAUUGGGAUUCAGCUCACCGACUCGCCUUACGUAGUGGCGUCCAUGAAAAUCAUGACAAGGAUGGGCGGAGCUGUUCUUGGAACGUUGGAUGAAGAAGACUUUGUUCGGUGUUUGCACAGCGUUGGCUGUCCGUUACCAAGCAUGCACCAUUACAGAGAAACAUGGCCAUGCAAUCCUGAUCAAACAAUCAUUGCACAAGUACCAGACAGCAAAGAAAUAAUUUCAUUCGGUUCAGGUUAUGGGGGGAACUCCCUUCUUGGUAAGAAAUGCUUUGCUUUGAGAAUUGGCUCUGCUUUAGCUUAUCAAGAAGGUUGGUUAGCGGAACACAUGCUCAUUCUUGGAAUUACAAAUCCCGCCGGUGUAAAGCGUUACAUCGCCGCUGCUUUUCCCUCUGCGUGUGGAAAAACAAAUUUGGCCAUGAUGACUCCUUCUUUGCCUGGUUACAAAGUGGAGUGUGUUGGUGAUGACAUAGCGUGGAUGAAAUUCGAUGACGAAGGCGUUCUCCGAGCAAUCAACCCGGAAAACGGUUUCUUUGGAGUAGCUCCGGGGACAUCUACGAAAACUAAUCCUGUUGCAAUGAAGACAAUCGCGUCGAAUACUUUGUUCACAAAUGUCGCGAAGACAGACGACGGCGGAGUUUUUUGGGAAGGUCUCGAAGAAGAAACGGACUUCAGUUACGACAUAACUUCGUGGAGAAACGUUCACCCGUGGAGGAAAGAAACUGGAGGUCUCGCUGCUCACCCAAACUCGCGGUUUUGUACACCAGCGUCUCAAUGUCCCACAAUGGACCCUUCCUGGGAGGAUCCUCGAGGAGUGCCUAUAUCUGCAAUUCUCUUCGGCAGUAGAAGGCCUGAAGGAGUUCCCAUGGUUUACGAGUCUCUUGACUGGAAGCACGGGGUUAUGAUUGGUGCAGCAAUGCGUUCUGAAGCAACAGCAGCUGCUGAAUACAGCAAGAAAGAAAUCAUGCACGAUCCUUUUGCAAUGCGGCCAUUUUUCGGCUACAACUUUGGCCUCUAUUUGAAGCACUGGUUGAGUAUGGACGAACCUAACAGAAAACUACCCAAAAUUUUCCACGUCAAUUGGUUCCGGAAAGGUUCAGAUGGAAAGUUUCUCUGGCCAGGGUUUGGACAAAAUAUUCGCGUUUUAGAUUGGAUUUUUAGACGAUUGGAUGGGAAAGAUAUCGCCAUGAAUUCUCCCAUUGGAUUGCUACCUAAACCUGGAACGAUUGACCUCGUGGGCAUUGCACACUUGAACAUUAAGAUCGAUGAACUCUUUCAUAUUCCCAAGGACUUCUGGCAGAAGGAAGUGAGAGAUGUUAAGUGCUACUUGGAAGGACAACUCGGAAAUGAUUUGCCUGAAGAGAUCAGGAAUGAACUUGAAAAACUGCAACAAAGGGUUGAGAACAUGCAAUAGUCCCAAUACACAAGGCUUUCGACUUGCGUGCUCACGGAACACAAGUUAAUAAACUUGAUGUAUUACGUCACAUGCGUUGAUCUACGAGUGUGCUGAGACUCGUUUUAAAUAUAGUUGUUCCAUUCUAGGAAAUAAUAUAUGAAUUUACAGAGAUCUAUGAACUUUUUAUACGAUUUCCGAUUACAUUAAUAAUUUUACAAUACUCCAUUUAUUGGUCACGUAUUUUCUUUGCGUAAAUAUGGGCAAAGUAUUUCACAAUCCGUCGACCUUUCUCAGUGCAUUGCUGACUUCAACGUUUUGGUUGAUUCGUUUGAAUCCCACAGGUGGUUUUUAAUUGCAGCUUAUCGGCUGAGCAUGAUGGCCGUUGCAUACAUUGGGUUGGUAAUUGGGAAAAUUUUGAUUGACAUUUUAUUAGGUAUUGAUGCAGCGAUCAGGGCUAAGUUUAUUUCACAUAUGGGAUUCAUAAGUCUUAAUUUAAUACAUUUUAAUCAAGAAUGGUCUCGUAAAAUUUGUAAUUUUGAAUAGAAGUGACUUCAUAAUUUAAGAGCCGCCUAUAAUGAAAACAUCGUAAUUUACUAAUGGAGUGUUAAUUAGUUAAAGCAGGAUCACUUUAAAAUGGAUACGAUCCAUGUUGUGAAAGACUCAAAUUAUAAACAAUUUGCUUUUAAACAUCAAAAUAAAUGUUAGAUUACUACCAUGGAAAUUCAAUAUUGUAACCGAACUUAAAAUCAGCGCGGUUUAUAACCCUUUUAACCUUAGCACGUUUGUGUUUUUUUUUUAUCCAAGCUUGUAGUGGUAUGUCAUGCCGCUUCUGAGAGGAUUAAAUGAAAAUUCACAUCCACACGUAAUAGUUUGAA